GAGAGGCAAGUAAGUGGAACGGAGCGCUGGGAAAGUCUGGCAGGUUGGAGAAGACGCGGCUCUCUCAACCAACCAAGGAACAAGCAGGAAACCAAGAGCGCGGAGGAACAAGGGGUUUGAGAACCAGGAGGGCGGCGGCGUGGCAAAGGCGCCUUAGCCUUUUUUCGCGUGCAGGUCACUGUCCUUGGUGCAAUUCUCAGCACUGGAAAAGUUCAAAUACGUUUUUCUAAGUAAGAUAUUGUAAAGAGACAACAAGAUGAACAGGAAAGUGGAGUAUUUUAUAAGGUCAAUAAGAAGGCUACAGGCAUGUCACAAUGCAGGGAGAUCUUUUCCUAGAAAUGAAAUCAAAACAACUUCAUUUGGGAUUAAUGGUUAUAAAAGUUCUGCACAAAGUAUUCAAUGUCCAUUGUAUGUUCCUUCUUGCUGGCUUCAUUCUUCUAUUUCAAUUAGUUCUCAAAAUACUUUUCUUUAUGCUGGGAACAGUGAUGCAAAUAAACAGGAAAUAACUAAUGAUCUUGGCCAUAAAGAGAAGUUUAAACCUGUUCAAGUGAACUUCUCAGAGGAAGCUAGAAAUACCAUUGAAAAAAGGGAUGAAUUUGACAUUUCCAAGGAAUUUUUCAAUGACCUUCAAAAAUGUGUAUCUCCUUGUGAUGUACUAAACCUUACUGCAAGAAGUCUAAUCUCUUUAAAGUAUGUCAGUAACUGUUUUUCAACUAUGUGGACACUUAAAAAAAAUACAGUCAAGAGUCAGAACUAUGAUGAGACAAAGAUGAUGCUUGAACACCCUCAGUUUCGACAGCUCUGCCAGUGUGUGAUGGAUGAAGCUAAGUACAUGGAUAGCAAUGAUUUGGCACACACUCUACUUUCUGUGGUAAAAUUAGGAGUUCCACAAAAUACCUUGUUAGUUCAGACAUUACUGAGGACUUGCCAGGAACGUAUCAAUGAAUUUAAUGAUCGAAGUGUCUCAGUUAUUGCAAACACUUUGAAAGGCAUGGAAAAAUGCAAGAACGUGGAAGCUCUUCAACUUGGACUACAGUUACUUUUACAAGAAAAAGUUCACAAAAUAUCAAACGUGUUUGUGUUGCAAAUCAUAAUGCGCAGUAUCGGGAAGGAUGUACCACUGACACUUAAGAGAAAUUUGGAGAACAAGAUGUUGAAUCUAAUGGGUCACUUGACUGUUCCAAACUCUUUUCACAUGUUCAGGGUAUUGGGUGAAAUGGACUACCUCUCUGUUCCAAUCCUGAAUGCUUGUAGUAAGAUAAUAAUAGAAAACAUUGAAGGAACUCAAUUUUGGAACCUAAUGAAUGUUUUGAAAAUUGGCAAACAAUUAAGAUACCAAAACAGGACACUUUAUUCUGCAUUAGCUGAUUAUGCCACAUCAGUCUUCUAUACAUGGAACAGAAAUGAGGUAAUUCUGUUACUUUCAGCCUUUGAAAAUCUUAGUAUUCAUCCAGUCCAACUGAUGGAUAAAUUUCUUGAGGAAGUGAUGCUUCAUCCAGAGUCCUUGAACCUGAAAGAUAUUAUAAUUAUUUUACGAGUCUAUUCCAAUUUCAAUCACCUCUCCAGUGGCCAAAACCAACA